GGUAAAAGAGAAAAAAAGCCACCGCUUCCCUAUUGGCCGGGCCACGGUCACAUGACCCCGUGCGGCGGCGGCGGCGGCGGCCUCACUUCCGCCGGGCGGCGGGUCCCGCGGGCUCGGAGUUCCGGAGAUCUGGCUGCGCCCCAUGGCGUCGUCCCAGGGUCGGCGGCGGAGAUCGGGGACGGUGGUACCCGGGGAAGCGGCGGAGACCGACUCGGAGCUGUCCGCGUCCUCGUCGGAGGAGGAGGAGCUGUACCUGGGUCCCUCGGGCCCGACGCGCGGCCGCCCCACGGGGCUCCGUGUGGCCGGGGAGGCGGCGGAGACCGACUCGGAGCCGGAGCCGGAGCCCACGGCGGCGCCAGGAGACCUGCCCCCUCUCGUGGUGCAGCGUGAGGCGGCGGCGGAGACGUGGGGCACCGAGGAGACCCCGGCCGUCGCGCCCGCGCGCUCGCUCCUGCAGCUCCGGCUGGCCGAGAGCCAGACGCGCCUGGACCACGACGCGGCGGCCGCGGUGAGCAGCGUGUACCGCCGUGCGGGCCGGGAUGUGGCCGCCCUGGCCGGGAGGCUGGCAGCUGCUCAAGCCACGGGCUUAGCGGCCGCGCACAGCGUGCGCAUGGCUCGCGGGGACCUCUGUGCCCUCGCCGAGCGCCUGGACAUCGUGGCUGGCUGUCGCCUGCUGCCGGACAUACGAGGGCUGCCGGGCAUGGAGUCUGAGCAGGACCCAGGACCCAGAGCCUAGGCUGCCACCCUGUGUCCCCCGUCCUGUCCCUUCCCCCUCCCACCCGACUCCCCUUUGAUCUCGGAUCUCCGCGGGCCCCCAAUGUGUGGUAGCCUUUGAUUUAUUCCGACACCCUGGCAUCUUCA